CGAGUGACGUAAUGCCACACGGAAGUGGUAUCAACGUGCUUUUGUGUAUCUUUCCCCUUCAAAUUACUGUACGUGAAAACAUAUUUAGAGAAAUAAUUUGAAAGGACAUAAAUACACAGGGAGCGACCUAAUUCUAAAACAGAUAACUUAUGCAACAUCUAAUAAAUGUACAUAAUGAUUCCUGGCCGGUGAAGCUUGAAUGUUUUCGACAGUUUUUCUGUCAUUUCAAUAAUUGACGUGAACUUUCGGACUCCCAUAAGCUAACACCAGACUGCUCAUGGCGAUGCGGGGACUGCAGACCGCCGGGUUUGUGCUCUGUCUGACCGGACUGCAGCUCGUUCACGCCGCGGAUCCUCCGUAUUAUGUGGCCGCUGUGUACGAGCACCGAGUGAUUCUGAACCGGAACCCCGGAGUCCCGUUGGACCGGAGAUCUGCCCUGGAGCACAUGAAGCAGAACCUGCGUGUGUUUGAGGAGCAGACAGCGCUGGCAGCACAGCAGGGUGCCCAUAUCAUAGUGUUUCCAGAGGAUGCCAUCCAUGGGUUCAACUUCACCAGAGCUUCUAUUGCUGGUUAUCUAGAGACAGUUCCAGACCCUGAGGUGGUCACAUGGAGUCCGUGUGCUGAUCCAGACCGAUUCCCAGACACCGAGGUCCUCCACAGCCUCAGCUGUAUGGCCCGUAAGAAUCGUAUCUUCGUAGUGGCGAACAUGCCCUCCUGUCAGACCUGUAGCAGAACCAAAGACCCUCAUUGUCCCGUGGACGGCCAGUAUCAGUUCAACACUAAUGUGGUGUUCAGUGACCACGGCACCAUUGUGGCCCGAUAUCACAAACAAAACUUGUACUUCGAAGCAGCGUUUGACACACCACCGAAGCUCGAGUACAUCACGUUCACCACCCCGUUUGCCGGCCGAUUUGGGGUGUUUACAUGUUUCGAUAUUCUGUUUCGUGACCCGGCAGUGACACUAGUGAAGGACAUGGGCGUUAGGCAAAUCGUUUACCCCACCGCAUGGAUGAACCAGCUCCCCCUGCUGGCCGCCGUGCAGUUUCAGCGCUCAUUUGCGCAUGCGGCCGGCGUUACGCUGUUGGCUGCUAACAUCCGAGCCGCUGAUUUUGGCAUGACUGGAAGCGGGAUCUUCACUCCUUGGGACUCUCUUAUUCAUCACGAUACCAAGGGGAGUUCUGGGAAAUUGCUAGUGCGUACAGUACCAGUGCUUGACCCAACGUUUAGGGGAGGAGUGGACGACAUGACGUGUACAAUUUCGCCAUUUUCUGGUUAUCGAAAAAAGAAUCAGGGUUCGAAAGAGCUAGAAACGACUCAGAUGUGGCCAACAAGCAGCUUUGACAGAAAACAAGGCGAUUUUGAUCUGAGAAUCCCAACAUUUACCUCCAUAAUGAUGUAUGAUAAUUUCACUCUGGUCCCUCUAGUGGGCAAUGAAGGGAACCUCAGCGUUUGCAGCGGCUCCCUCUGCUGCCACCUGCUGUUCCGGAGGUCAGUCGCACCAGAGUUUUACGCUCUAGGGGUGUUCAACGGGCUCCACGUGGUACAUGGGACAUAUUACCUGGAGGUUUGCACCCUGGUCAAGUGCACGGGUCUGGAGCACAGCAGCUGCGGUGGAGAGACCGAACACGCUCGUACGCUGGUGGAUUUCAGGUUAGAGGGAACGUUUACAACUCGACAUGUAUUUCCAGGGAUUCUGGGUAGCGGGAUGACUCUGGAGAUUCCCGAUCAUUCUGGCUGGGAGAGCGGAGACCGGUUUUACAUGAGCCGAACGGGAAUGUCCUCUGGGCUUGUGACAGCAAUGAUGUAUGGGAGACACUAUGAAAGGGACGGCGCCUAAAGACACAAACGUCUUUUGACUGCACUACACCUAAUAUUAAAGGCCAUCUGUAUUGCAACUGUUUGGCAUUUGUUUUUAUUAUGUCCAGUUAUUAUCUCAUCUUAUGUGAAGAAAUAGACUUUUUGGAAGCUCGAGGCAUAGAAGAUUUAUUUAUAAUGACUAUAAUUACUUAUUUAUACUUAUAUAAUUGAAUGUACCAAAAGGUCAGGUCACAUACUUGAUAUUUCCAUUGUCUUUUAACUCUUAUAAAAGAAAUCAGACACACGUUAAAAUUCAGUCACGCACACACAUAAACACAUCUUUCUGAGGUACAACAGGUUGAAGCCACAAUUCCUCACGAGCACAGAGGAAUAAACACUCAGUUUAAACUCUGAAGGCAUGUCUGUCGUUUUGCUCUUUAUAUUUGUAUAAUAAAUAAUUCAUAAUGAUGCAAACUUAAAAUCAGUCUUCAUGCACAAACGGGGUUAAAAGUAAAGCUCGAGGAGCAUUCUGCAGCUCUUGGUCCCUGACGUCUUCAGUUUAUCAUGUCUCCUCAUGUUUUAUGUAAAUGUUAUUAUGGGUUCCACAUCUGUCAAGAUGAGCAAAAUGGAAAACAAUGAGAAUUUAGCUGUGAAAUAAUAUGUAGAAGUGAUCCUUUGCCAUUUGAACAAGUUUACAGGUAAAGUCCCCCCCCCAAAUAAAUAAAUAAGGUAAUUAUUUUCUCACUCUGAUCGUGUUCCAAACCCAUCUGACUUUUUUCUUGCAUGCAACACAAAAUGAUGGAUGUCAAUGGUGCCAUAAUUCAUUAGAGAGCUCCAGCGGAUAUUUAGUGAAUAAGUUCUUUAAUUUCAGGAUCCUCACUAAAAACUUGCAGCUUCAAAAGACUCAAAUUAAAGCCAUAGGACUGCUUUUAUGGUGCAUAUUUUUCAUUUUGAAACUUUUACAGCAACUUUUUGUCAUUGCGGAACUUAUACAGAUUUAUUUAUUGUUUUUAGCAAUAGUAACUUUUACGUCACUUUGUCAUUAUAAAAUUUUUUUGGCUCUUUUUUGUCAUUAAGGAACUUUUAUGGUGCUUUUUGUAAAUGUACUUUUUUGUAAUUCUUGUCAUUGUGGACCUUUUUUUAAUUGUAGAACUUAAUUGGUCAUUAUGGACCUUUUACGGAGCUUUUUUUGCAACAUUUACAGAUUUUUUUGUUUUUGUGGAACUUUUACAGUGUUUUUGGGAGUCAUUUCGGACCUUUCAAAGCUUUUUUGUAAUUUUUGUGUGAUUGUGGAACCUUUUUGAUGCUUUAUCAUUUCUGGGUCAUUAUAUACUUUUUGUAAUGUUCUUCUUACUUCUUUUUUGACAUUGUGUAACUUUUACUUCACUUUGUCAUCAUAAAAAUCUUUUGGCUCUUUUUUGUCAUUAAGGAACGUUUACGGUGCUUUUUGUAAACGUAAUUUAUUGUAAUUUUUGUCAUUGUGGACCUUUUUUUAAUUGUAGAACUUAAUAAUUACCUUAAAUUUGAGAAAACAAAUAGUUGUAAAAGUUCUAUAACGAGCAAAAAAGUUCCUUAAACUUUGAACUACAUUGAAAAUGUCAUUAUGGACCUUUUCCGGAGCUUUUUUUGCAACAUUUACAGAUCUUUUGUAAUUUUUAGUCUUUGUGGAACUUUUACAGUGUUUUUGAGAGUCAUUUCAGACCUUUCAAAGCUUUUUUGUAAUUUUUGUGUGAUUGUGGAACCUUUUUGAUGCUUUAUCAUUUCUGGGUCAUUAUAUACUUUUUUUAAUGUG